UCGUUUAUUUGUUUAUCCGUUAAAUUACAGUUCAGUUCCGAGUUAGAUCAACAUGGAGAACGGCCAGGAAAGCACAGGAGACAGUCGUCUGGAUCUGGCCGUCACGCAGUGGCUGCAGUAUGACAAGAAUCCAAAGACGGCUGCUGCUGUGCGGUCUAUGGUUAAGGAUAGAGCCAUGUCAGAGCUGCAGAAGUGUUUCGGGGCCCGUAUGGAGUUUGGCACAGCGGGACUGAGAGCCGCCAUGGGACCUGGAGUGUCCUGCAUGAAUGACCUCACCAUCAUACAGACCACGCAGGGUUUCUGUGCAUACCUGGAGCAGUGUUUUACAGAUCUGAAGCAGAGGGGGGUGGUGAUCGGCUUUGAUGCUCGCGCUCACCCUCCUAGUGGCGGCAGCAGUAAAAGAUUCGCCUGUCUUGCUGCUUCUGUCUUGAUCAGUCGAGGCGUCCCAGUCUGCCUCUUUAGUGACAUCACACCCACUCCAUAUGUGCCUUUUACCGUAUCACAUCUGGGACUGUGUGCUGGUGUGAUGGUAACAGCCUCUCAUAAUCCCAAACAAGAUAAUGGAUACAAGGUGUACUGGGCAAAUGGAGCUCAGAUCAUUCCUCCCCAUGAUAAGGGCAUCGCUGCAGCUAUUGAACAGAACCUUGAGCCGUGGCCUAAAUCAUGGGACACAGAUGGAGCUCUUCAGAGUUCCCUACUCAAUGACCCAUACCAGGACAUACACAGAGAGUACUGUAAAACCAUACAACAGCACUGCUUUCACAGGGAGCUGAAUAAGAAUUCCGAGGUGAAGAUUGUCCAUACCUCAGUUCAUGGGGUGGGCCAUGUUUUUGUCCAGGCUGCCUUUAAGGCCUUUGAUCUUCAUCCUCCAUAUGCCGUGGAACAGCAGAAAGAUCCUGACCCAGAGUUCCCCACCGUCAAAUACCCCAACCCUGAGGAGGGAGAGGGAGUCUUGACGUUGUCCUUCGCGCUUGCAGAUAAAGAGGGAGCAACUGUUAUACUGGCAAACGACCCUGAUGCUGACCGACUAGCUAUUGCAGAGAAACAGGAGAGUGGGCAGUGGAGGGUGUUCUCUGGGAAUGAGUUGGGUGCUUUACUCGGCUGGUGGAUUUUCCAGUGCUGGAAGCUGCAGAAAGGAGAGGGAAAAGCCUCCAUUAAGGAUGUGUACAUGCUAUCCAGCACAGUCUCUUCAAAAAUCCUCCGUGCCAUUGCUGUAAAAGAGGGCUUCCACUUUGAGGAAACUCUAACAGGCUUUAAAUGGAUGGGAAAUAGAGCCAGAGAGCUUAUGGACCAGGGAAAGACUGUUCUGUUUGCUUUUGAGGAAGCUAUUGGUUACAUGUGUUCUCCUGCAGUUUUGGACAAGGAUGGUGUGAGUGCGGCUGCCAUCGCUGGCGAGUUUGUCUCUUACCUGGCUUCUAAAAAGAAAACUCUGUCCAAUCAACUCCGAUCCAUUUAUGAGGAGUACGGUUACCACAUUUCCAAGAAUUCCUACUUCAUCUGUCACAACCAAGACACUAUUAAACAGAUGUUUGAGCGUCUUCGGAACUACGCCGGGGAGAAUUCGUACCCUAAAGAUUGUGGGGGUUUUGCCAUCACAGCAGUGAGAGACCUCACGACUGGUUAUGACAGCAACCAACCGGACAACAAGGCCAUUCUGCCCACCAGUAAAAGCAGUCAGAUGAUUACCUUCACCUUUGCUAAUGGGGGCGUGGCUACAAUAAGAACCAGCGGAACAGAGCCUAAAAUCAAAUAUUACACCGAGCUCUGUGCUGCACCAGGAAACAGUGAUCUUAACCAGCUGAAAACUGAACUGGAUAACUUGGUUGAUGCCAUCGUGGAACACUUCUACCAACCAGAGAAAAACAACUUGACUCCUCGACCAGAGUGAGAGAAACUAUCACUCAGGUUUACAAUGAUUUUGUCUAAUUCAGCUAUUAGUCUUAACAUACCACACUUAAUAAAACUUACAUAUUCUGGGUCUCAGUCUAAAGA